AUGGACGCCUUCGUCACGCGUCGCGUCGUCGCCAAGGCGUCGACGACGAACGACGACGACGACGCGCGCAAGCGGCGCAGAGUCGCGCCGACGAACGACGGGUGGCGCACGUUCGAUGACUCCCUGCUCGCGCGCCUGGACGCGGCGUGCGAACCGCGGGCGAAGAUCGCGGCGUUCGAUCUGGACGACACGCUGCAAAAGACGAAGAGCGGCGCGAAGGCGUUCGCGGCGCGCGCGGAUGACUUUACGACGCUGAACGAACACGUCCCGCGCGUGCUCCGGGCGUUGCACGACGAUGGGUAUAAAAUUUGUAUAUUUAGUAAUCAAGGGGGGGUGAAAGGGGCGUUGGAUGGGAAAAGGGCGACGAGCGUGCGGGCGCGGUUGGCGCUGCUGGCGACGACGCUGGAGACGCCGUUUCAGUUUUACGGCGCGACGCAGAUGCGGGAGAACGACGUGAAAAAGUACCGUAAGGGUGAGAUUGGGAUGUGGCGAAAGAUGGUGGCCGAGCAUAACGGUGGCGUCGCGCCGGAUUUGAAGGCGAGCUUCUUCGUCGGCGACGCCGCGGGACGCGCGCAGGAUCACAGCGCCGUGGACAAGGAGUUUGCGGAAAACGUAGGGGUGCGUUUUUUCGUUCCGGAACAGAUGUUCGUCGAGGGUGAGGCGUGGAAAUGA